UAGUUUUGUUUCCUUUCCAGUCAAUUCGUAAAACAUGAGCUCUGGAGUGGGUGUCAGUGACGCUGCCGUCAACACGUUCAACAACUUCAAGCUUCAAGCGGCCGACCACAAGUUUCGCUAUGUUACCUUCAAAAUUGAAAACAACGAGUUUGUUGUCGACAAGACUGGUCCCCGCGAACACACCUACGAAGACUUUGCUAAGGCUUUGGCGGGUGAUUUAACCGCACCCAACCCUGUGUACGAAUGCCGACACGGUGUGAUUGACCUUGAUUGCACCAGCAAAGACGGUCGCUCCGUCGCCAAGUUGGUGUUUGUGUCGUGGUCGCCUGAAAACGCGUCCAUCAAGAACAAGAUGGUAUACUCGUCUUCCAAGGAAGCUUUGAAGAGCGUGUGCGUGGGUGUCGGUAUUUUCCUGAACGCCACUGACGCGUCCGAAUUGGAGUUUGCCACCAUUGCCGACGGCGUGUCCAAGUUCCUUUAAAACGCCAACUAGAUUUGGCGUGCUGCUUGGCAGUUGUCUUGCAACAGCAUGGCAGGAUGCCUGGCGUAGUUUUUAACAAGCUCUCCAUACACAUCCAUACCACAAAAUCUUUAUCCCUUAGUUCCA